GCCAAAUGAUGUUGUUUACCUCCCUUCGACUCUCGGUGGAUUAGACUUUUUUGCACCACGUAAAUCUCGGUCAAAUUAGGGCUGAAUUACGUAAUUUCAGUUAUUGAAAAAUGCCGGACAUCGCACUUCAGCACAUCGUUAGUUGCAGCAGCGAAGAUCCGUCCUUUCCUGCGAAAAAUCUUAUCAACUCUUCUCGAAAAUGGAGAACAAAGAAAGACGGCGACUCUUCUGCCACUGUGGUCAUCCAACUCGAAAAAGAGACGAAAAUCAACAAAAUCGACAUCGGAAACAAUGGCUCAGCUUUUGUCGAAGUUCUUGUCGGCAAGUCCAGUGCCCCUGAAAAAGACUACGAGGUUUUGCUCCUCAACUCGUCCUUUAUGACUCCGUCCGAGUCUCGAGGUGGAACGGACAUGACCAGGGUGAGAAUGUUCGACUUGGACAAGCUGUGCCAAGACACAGCCAAACAGAAAUGGGACCGAAUUAAGAUAGUGUGUCAGCAAAAGUUUAAUCUGCAUGCUCAAUUUGGGCUUUCAUUCAUCAAAUUGCAAGCUCCGGCCGAGUCCAGUCCAGGAUCUUCAGCUCUAGGAAGGUUUUUGAUCAGAGAUGAAGAGGAGGACAACAUUAUGCCUGGAAGUCUAUUUGCCAGGAGGAAGGAUAUUUCCUUAGAUUCUCCUUCUCAAGCAAAAACAGUCAAUGCGGCUAUUUCCGAAGCCUCGAGCUCUCCAGGCACUAACGGCAGAACCAAAGCUGCAGUAAUAAUUCCCAAAAAACGAGAGCACUCGCUGAAUGGCUCGACACCCAAGACAAAGAAGAGAAUGAUGCAGCCACCGUCAAGUUCUGCUUCAGCAGCAGCUUCGCCAACGGAAAGGGUUGGAAAAAUCAGGAAGAAGCUUGAAAGAGGCAGUGACGAGGAGGACGAAGAUGACGUCAAGGUAGUGGACCUUGAAAAAUCUCCUGUUGCAAAACCCAAAGAUAAAAAGUCACCAGCUCGAACAAAAGAAAAGGAAAAGCCAAAGGAAAAAAAGAAAGCAGAAGCUCCGUCUAAACCUGAACCGACGCCUGGAAUUAAAGUGGCUAAACAGAAGCUGCCGUAUGAUCAGCUGCUGAAAGGCGUGACCUUUGUAUUGAGCGGUUUCCAAAACCCAAUGCGGGGUAUCCUGAGAGACAAUGCCCUCGACAUGGGUGCCAAGUACAAAGGCGACUGGGACAAGACGUGCUCCCACCUCAUUGGGGCGUUUGCAAACACGCCAAAAGUAAAGCAGGUCAAAGCCAUGGGCAACGGCAAGAUAGUGACAAAGGAAUGGAUUGACCAGUGCUACAGAAAAAGAAAGAGAUUCCCAUGGCGCAGAUUUGCCCUGGAGAAAGCUGACCAGGACGAGUCGGAGAGUGAGGAGGAAAUUUGGGAGGACACAAAUGAUACAGCUGGGCCGUCAAGUUCAGCUCAACCAACUGCAGACCCUGUCAUUGUUUCAGACGAAGAUGAACCCCUAAGCCCUGAGAGGGUAAAAAUUGAUGCCAAUGGUAAGGAUGACGACGAUGCCAUUUAUGAUGCAGAAACAGACAAUGACAGCGACGGCGCCGAAGUUGCAAAAUGGCCCAAGCUACCACAUUUUUUUGAGGGUUUGAUCUUCACUCUGCAUGAAGAUUUAGACAACGAGUCAAAGAAAAAGUUGAAGCGCUACAUUAUUGCAGCCAAGGGCAAAGUUGUUGAGAAUUUGAGUGAGGAGGUGAAGUUUCUAGUGACUGAGUCAAACGAAGGAAUAGAAGAGUUAGCACAAUUUUACCCUGACACCAAAGCAGUGUUACCGAAGUGGGUUUGGGAGUGCUUUAAUAAUGAAAGGUUGAUGGCAUUCGACAAGUUCUUGCUGAAAAGCUGAAGAAUCAAAGUAUGUUUUCAAUUAAUGUUUAAAUAAAAUUAAUUUCUUCUAUAUGAAACCAA